AUGGCGGCGGCUGCGGUGGUCAUGAUGAUUGCAACAUCACUACUACUGAUUGGGAUUGGGAGCGUCAAUGUAGGUGAGGCUUGGGAGGAAGCCAAUGUGAUCCAUGUGGGUGGGAAAGUGUUGUGCCAAGACUGCACCAAGGGCUGGAAUGAAUGGGUUAAUGGCUCCAACCCCAUUAAAGGUUCUAGGGUAUCUGUUACGUGCAUGGAUGAUAGGAGGAGGGUGAUGUACUAUGGAAGUGAUGAGACUGACGAGGCGGGAAAAUACUAGCUGAUUGUGGACAAGUACGUUAAUGGGAAGGAAGUGAAAGCCACGGGAUGUUGGGUGAGGCUGGUGUCUUCCUCAGAUCCUACUUGCAACAUUCCCACUGACUUUGCCGGUGGUCGCUCCGGGGUGAAGCUCCAGCGACCUACAUGGAUUUAUCGGGAUAUCACCAAAUACACUGUGGAUCCAUUCUACUAUACAACUCCCCUGUGCGAUGAAAUGGUUUCAAUUUCUGCAUCUGACUUUUUGUUUUCAUAUUUUAUUUGGUAUUGUAAUUGUCAAUCAUCCACAUGUUGGAAUUAUAAUUCAAAAUCUCUUCAAAUUUAA